AUGUGUGACAGUGUCUGUCAUGUGCUCAGGCAUGUCUUUGCGAGGAAGUCUCACCUCACAACCAGCGUAGUGAAGUGGGCAGUCGAUUUCUGUAAGGGGACACUCGUCUUUUACAUGCUUGUAAAGAGCAUGCCGUUUGAAGUGAUCCUUUCUACAUUUAUUGGGACACGUGACUGGAAAAUCGUCACACUCGUAGUAAUGGCACGUUGUUACGUAUUUGUAAGUUGCUUCAAAUUUCUGGCAAUACUUACAGGAGUAAGGUCGCUUCGUGCAGUGCUGGUUCUGGUGGGAAGCGAUGUGGCGACGUUGGAACCUCUCCCCACACACAUGCUCACACUCUAUCUCCACAAACUGACACCCAGUCAGUUUGUUCUCUGGAGACGGAUUUUCGUUCAGGUGCUGUUCGUAUUCUCCAAGUUUCCCCCUCCAUUCACAGCCGUCCUUCUUGUGUGAGCACCACACCUCCUGGGCCUUCAGAUAUCUCUCCAGUCCGUAGUCACGGAUGUAGGUGAAAUCUGUUUUGUUGCACAGCGGACACGGCUUGUCGUCUUCCUUGAUUUGCUCUACGCACUCGCGACAGAUCUUCUGUCCACAGGGACAGCUUAUAAGGCACGGCUCCUUCAGAACGUGAAGACAAAUCGGACAGUCGGUCUGAAACGCCGCGGGCGGUGGCUCGACGAACUCGCAAUCGUAUCCACCGCCGCCCCCAAUCCCACCGUACGGAACAGGACUGAAUCUAACGGGACUACCGUCGUCUAUCUUAGCGUCUGAU